AGAUCAAAGAAGACUUCCGCAACUCCUCAAAAGCAACAAAUGAGUGGAUUAUAAGGAUGGCAGGCGAGGUGAAGAAGGUCGAGCAAAUUGGAUCGAGUGACCUCCAGCCUGAGUUGGACUACCUGAUUCAAUGUGAGCAAAAAGUAGCCGAAUUUGAGCCCCAGUUGAGUAUUCCAGAAAGGCAUUAUCAAAAAAUUGUGGAUGUGAAUGUGUUUGACACACGAAAUUUGGGUUAUAGUAUUCAAAAGUUAAAAAUGGACUACGAAAAACUCCGGUCGUACAUUUCAGCCCAGUACAGGGAAAUAGAGAAGGAGAGAUUAGCCAGAGUGGCUUCGACCGGAGUGUCUCAAGAGGAGAUUGAAUAUUUCCAAGCCUCAUUUGCCCAUUUUGAUGCCAACAACGAUCACAAACUCAACUUUGAGGAGUUUCGCAGCUGUCUUAUUUCAGUGGGAUAUGACCCUGCUACUGUGGAGAAUGUAUAUUGGUAUUGUAGAGUGUAGGACACUGCUUUCGCUGAUUUAAUGAAGAGGUUGGACAAGGAUAGGAUGGGGUAUAUCACAUUCAGUACAUAUCUCGAGUUCAUGAAGGAUAUUAACGAGUCGAGGGAGACUGUGGAAAAUCUCUGCAAUUCGUUUCGUGUGUUGGCCAAU